UGCUCUUCAAAUUAAAUCGUACAAUGGGAUCUGCUCGAAGUUAUUGGUAAUUUACUCUGCUUGGCGUUUGAGAGAAUCGUACAUGCUAAAUGAACUGGCCAAUGGUUGUAUUGCGCCGUCGUGUAUGUUUUGUUGCGUAAAAUCUCGGCGGAUUUGAAUUGGAUAGAGUUAUACUGAGAGUCCGAGUGAUACAAUUACGUCAAUUCCAAACUUCUUUUAGAAGGACCUUGUUAUGAUUGAUAAGGAAGUCAACAACAUUAAGAAUAUUUUAGCUUGUUCCAUAUGCUAUGGCCCAUUGACUGCAGCAGUUGAUUCGGGCCUUUCAGUGGAGUCCACAAAUGGAUAUCAAUUGGAAUGUGGCACAUGUAAAAAGUCAUUCACUGGCAGUGAAUCUCAUUUGGACUUGACGAUAGCUAGCGGAAUUAAAAAUGGCGAAUCCAUGCCUGCUGCUACAGAGAUUUUUAGGACUAGAUUGGUGUCUUUUCUUUAUGAGAGGGGCUGGCGACAAAGUUUUUCACCAUUCCUUGGUUUUCCUGGCCCAGAAAAGGAGUUUGAGUUGUUAAAAAAUUUCAUGACACCAAUCUUAGGUGGAAACAUAAUUGAUGCAAGUUGUGGAAGUGGAAUGUUUUCGAGAAUCUUCGCCAAGAGUGGGUUAUUUUCCUCUGUUGUUGCUUUGGACUACUCGGAGAACAUGUUAAAGGAGUGCUAUGAAUUCAUCAAACAAGAGGAAAACUUCCCCAAAGAGAGCUUGGUACUGAUUAGAGCUGAUAUUGCUCGACUUCCAUUUGCUUCAAGUUCUGUUGAUGCAGUGCAUGCUGGUGCUGCUUUACACUGCUGGCCUUCACCAUCAGCUGCUGUGGCUGAAAUAAGUAGAAUUUUGAGACCUGGAGGAGUAUUUGUUGCCAGCACUUUCAUAAUUGAUGGACCGUUUUCUUUUAUACCAUUUUUGGGGAUUCAAAUAGAGGGUAUUCAGCAGAUAACAGGAAGCCAUAUCGUCCUAUCUGAAGGAGAAUUAAAAGAACUCUGCACAGCCUGUGGUCUGGUUGACUUUAAAUGUUUAAGAAAUAGGCGCUUUGUGAUGUUGUCUGCUACAAAACGCAGCUAAACAUUUGGUUUUCUGGUGGUUUCCAGUCCCUUAGUUAUUAUGUGGUUUUAUCAUAACAUUUCAAAAGUUGGUGUUUUAUGUAUGUGUUGGCUGCCAGCCAACUCGUUAUGUAAUUUAUCAAUCUCUUUUACCUUUUGUUGUUGUAGCCCAUAUUUAUAAAUGAAAAGAAAAUAACCAAUUACAGAAAAAA